GUUUAGCUUAAAGUUGUUGCCCUAGCUGUAUGCUACGUCUGUCAACAAAACCAUGUCUUCCUCGCCUCCCUCAUACCGAGAGUAUCGCGAUAUACACUAAAGAACUGUUGAUUGGGAACAAGGCAAGUUUACUGCCGCCUUUCGAUCAGAUUUUCCCUCCUUUCAUAGGUCAAUGGGCGAGACGUUUAUGCUCCUGGUCGAACAUCAACCCGCUCAGAAGCCCAAUCAUUUCAGCAACCCGCCGUCAUGGGUUUUGUCUUUUCCCGACCUGCUGCGGCCGCUGCACUACCGACACCACUUCCAACUCUCACCAUCCGCAACCUGACCAUCACCACCCUGGAGCUCAGGCUGGUUGAACGUCUGGGCGCACAUCCGCACCUGCACAAGCCAAAGGGAUUGGUCAAGGUCACAUCACGUAUCAGCAGUCGCCGACGAUCUCAUGAAUCUCAUGGGACACCAGCACUUACACCAAGUGCUCAGGAAGACCAGGAACGACCAUCAUCAGCAAAACAGCACAUCUGGCAAGUGGUCAUCGCGCCUUUCUCGGAAUGUCAGACCCCUGUCUACGCGCCGGACCCAUCCGGCCAUGAACAGAUACGCCUCGUCUUCGAGGACAGAGCCACAGGACAUCGCUACAGCGCCGAAAUACCUGGUUCAUCGCGACGAAGCAUAGUCCUCCGGUCCCACGCUAGGGGCCAUCAAGAAGCCACCAAGGAAUUCACCGCCAUCUACCUCCCACAGCACGCCUACCUCGCCCUCUUCAGCUCCGCCAACCUCUCCUACUGGAUGUCCACGCUGGACUCAUCUUCACUGCUCUCCUCCCUCUCAAUCCCAGGCACGCAUAACUCGCCCACCCACCACGUCGCCCUGCCCUCAGUGCGGUGUCAAGCCGUCUCCGUGCUUGAGCAACUCAACAACGGCGUCCGCUUUCUUGAUGUGCGCGUCUCCUGCCCACCGUUCACCGGCCCGGAGAACUCUCCCUCCUCCUCCUCGUCCUCAGUCACGCCAGAACUUGCGCUAGUCCACUCCGCCUUCCCGGUCUCUCUAACCGGUAGCCACUACCUCUCAGAACUCCUCACAACUCUGUACGCCUUCCUGGACGAGCACCCGUCAGAGACCGUCCUCCUCUCCCUCAAACGGGAAGGAACCGGCCGCGGAACAGACCAGGACCUCUCCCGGAUCCUGCACCACCACUACAUCACUCCUGCGAAGUGGUACACCUCCCCGGGGAUACCGACCCUCAGGGAAUGCCGCGGCCGCAUCAUCCUGAUCCGACGCUUCCACCUGCACCCGGACAUCCCCGCCAACCAGGGCGGGAUCGACGGCUCCGUCUGGCCGGACAACGUCGCUGACGGGAUGUGCGGGAGCGGGACGAUCCGCAUCCAAGACUAUUACGGCGUGGGCAACACGACCGAGAUUCAGCAGAAGGUGCGCUUUGCGCAGGAAGGGCUGGAGAGGGCGGGUGCGGAGGUCUUGGUGAGGGGGACUCGGGUGCAGCCGCCGCUGUUCAUAAACUUCUUGAGCGCGAGCAACUUCUUCAAUGCGAGUUGCUGGCCCGAUCGAAUCGCUGUGAAGAUAAAUCCUUCCAUGAUCGAGCAUUUGUGCAUGGCACACGGAAAGCUGGAUACUGGGGUUGCGACAACCGGCAUCGUCGUGCUCGACUGGGUCGGCCAUCACGGGGACUGGGACAUCGUGCGGUGCAUUGUGGGAUGGAACGCCAGGCUACAGCUACGGCAGUAGGAUGCUUGGUUGGCACGGCGUCACGUCACACAUGCAUUGCGAAUGGGACACCUAGAUGUCAGAGCGUAUGUUCAUUUAGAUCUAAUGAUCCCAUACUGUAUCUGCCUAGAACAUAGA